AUGACUAGAAAUCAAUACUUUAGGUACUUGAAGAACUACGAGGCACUCGCACAGCGGCUCGUUGAACUACACACCUUCGCCAGUUUACCUUCUGUACUCCUGAUUGAUGACUUCGACACCUACGUCACUGGUUACAAAGAAAGCGAGAUGACGCAAGAUAUACACAUCGCCAAAACAUGUUCUCUGAUUCUCGAUACCAUGAAUUCGUGUGCGCGAAUUCUGAAGUAUAACGUAUAUGUAUGCGCCUGGUCCUCGUCUGGGAUGAACAAUAUUUGCACAUACACGAUAUAUUUUGUGAAUAUUUGGAACGUAAUAAAUGAAAAGGAGAGUAAUACGAUAUUGUUGCAAAAGUACUCACAAGAGACUCCUACCGAACAGUGUCCGUCCUAUAGAUACUGCAAACUUGAAGAUGGAACGAGGGUAUUGAAGCAAGUUCUAUACGAAUCUAUGCAGGAUUGA